GCAUUUCAACUGCAAAUUGCAGUUCAAGGGCAGUUUGAAUGCAGUAGACACGACUGCAAAUCAACUUCAGAACACGACUGCAAUUCAACUGCAAUCGGACUGUAGGUACAUUUAAUUUGCAAUUCUAUUGCAGUCGUGUCUACUGCAUUCAAACUGCAUUAGAACUGCAAUUUGCAGUUGGAUUGCAGUCCGUCUGCCUAGAACCAAGUACGGCGGUGCUUAGGACCGCCCUCCGCGUCGGAACGCGGAGCCAACCCGUGUGAAUCAUGUAACACGAGACUGUUAGGUUAGUAAGCACACGAUAAAAACAAAAAACGUGCGACAUUAGUAGUCUAGUAUGUCGAAUGAGGAGCGAUAAUACUAAAUAAACAUUACAAAAUCAAUCGAAAUGCAUCGGAACACGUCGACGUGACUGUGCAAGGGCUCGCAGUGUUGGCAACGCACUGCGCAACCCGCCGAUAAGGGGGUGGAUAUAGGGCGACGGUCGAAGCCUCCCUCACAUCGAACACAACAGUUCACCAUGAAGUGUGUCAUCGCUCUGUGCUGCUUCGUCGCUUCGCUGGAGGUAGCGUACUCCCAGUACGCGUACGCAUGCCCGGCCGCGGCGCCGGCGCCCCUGGUGCUGCCCGCACCCGCCGUGGCGCCAGCGAACCCCUGCGCCGUGCCACCGGCCCUAGCGGCCCUGGCGCCCGCUCUCCCCGUCCUAGCACCCGCCCUGGCUAACACUAUCUCAGCGUCCAUAUCUGCGUCGUUGCCUCCCCUACUAGAUGCGGCCCUGCCUACAGUGUUGACUUCUGUGUUGUCGGCUGCUGGGCCCCUGUUGGAAGCUGCCUUGCCUCCGGGCUGCGGUUGUGGUGCACCUUUGGCUUUGCCCGCCCCUGCUGCGUACGCCUUGCCGGCCCCUGCUCCUUGCGCCCUGCCCGCCCCUGCACCUUACGCGCUACCUGCCCCGUACGCGCUCCCUGCACCGUGCGCGGCUCCUACCGUGGCGUACGCAGCACCCCUAGCGCCCCCGCCAAUGUACGCAGCCCCAGCCUGCGCGCCAACCGCUUGCUUGUGCUACUAAGUUUGAUGUGAAGUUUCAAUAAAGUUUCGUUUCAUUAUUCAA